CCCGCGAACGAGGUAACGUGGUCUAAAGACAGGGUUGUCGAUCCCGGGGUGGACAUCUCAAAGAAUGGAGCAGUGACGCCAGAAGACACCACAUUGCAUGCAACUAAUGCCACCGAGGUUGUCGGCGCACCUGCCGCAGUGGGAACCAUCCAAUUGGAACAGCUCGCAUUGGAUGAACACGAGAGUGACGAGACUGAGGAGUUUGUUCAGGCACCUCAGCCGAAAGCAUCCUCCAAGCGAAGGCAGAAACAAAAAAACAAAUCAUUCGCUGACUAG